AUGCUUUCGCCCCUUGAGAUGGGCGAAGCGACAUUUCUGCUGGCGAUUGGUGGGGAUCAUGGCAGCGGAAAGAGCGACCUCGCCCAAUUCUUUGCAAAAUUAUAUGGAGAACAGCGCACGAACAUCAUCCAUCUUUCUGCGUUCCGACUCCCUCUCUAUGGCGCCCGAUAUGUCAUGGCUACUGAACAUCGUGGGCUUUUCGAAUGUGCCCAGCACUUUGACUGGGACAGGCUCCGAUCUGCGAUUAUCGGACUGAAACAAGGGCUCCAAAUCGAGGGGGCGGUCCCUUCCCGUUCGGACCAUCGCCAUUUCUCCACCGAUCUUCGCAAGCCGAGGAGAAUCUCAGAAGCCAUGAAGCUAAUUCUACUACUUGCCGUGAUCGGCACGACGCUGGCCUUGUAUUCGAAGAAGGAUGAUGUUGUCGAGCUGACUGAGCAAAAUUUCAAGAAUCUUGUUAUUAACAGCGAUGACAUCUGGAUCGUCGAAUUUUAUGCUCCUUGGUGCGGACAUUGUAAGAACCUGGUCCCGGAGUACAAGAAAGCCGCAACUGCCCUCAAGGGUGUUGUCAAGAUUGGCGCCGUUGAUAUGACGCAACACCAAGCCGUUGGCAGCCCAUACAACGUCAAGGGCUUCCCCACUAUCAAGGUGUUCGGUGCCGACAAGAACAAGCCAAGCGAUUUCAAUGGCCAGCGUACAGCCCAGGCUUUCGUCGACGCGGCUCUUGCUGAGGUCCAAAAGACGGUGAAGGGCCGCCUCGGAGGAAAGGGAGGAAGCUCUUCUGGGUCCCGUGGAGGCUCUGGUGGAUCGGGAGGUGGCAAUGAAGUCGUUGAGCUGACCGAUGCGAACUUUGACGAGCUUGUGCUCAACUCCAAGGAUGUCUGGCUUGUCGAAUUCUUUGCCCCAUGGUGUGGACAUUGCAAGAACCUGGAGCCUCACUGGAAGGCCGCUGCGUCCGAGCUCAAGGGCAAGGUCAAGCUUGGAGCCCUGGAUGCGACCGUUCACACCGUUGCCGCUGGAAAGUUCGCUAUCCGCGGCUUCCCUACCAUCAAGUACUUCGCUCCCGGAAGCGAUGUCAAUGAUGCCGCUGAAUACGAUGGUGGGCGCACGACUUCUGACAUCGUCAACUGGGCGCUGGCUAAGCACUCCGAAAACUUGCCACCGCCGGAGGUCAAGGAAGGCUCAACUCAAGCUCUCGUCGACGAAGCCUGCAAAGAUAAGCAGCUGUGCAUCUUCGCCUUCUUGCCCCACAUCCUCGACUGCCAGUCUAAAUGCCGCAACGAUCACAUCGCCACGCUGAAACAACUGGCCGACAAAUUCAAGAAGAACGCUUGGGGAUGGAUCUGGACUGAGGGUGGAUCUCAAACUGCACUCGAGGAGGCUUUCGGCGUCGGUGGUUUUGGCUAUCCCGCCAUGGCCGCUCUCAACCCAAGGAAGGGCAAAUUCGCUAUGCUCAAGGGAUCUUUCGGCAAGGACGGCAUCAACGAGUUCCUUCGCGACUUGAGCUACGGCAAGGGUCAGACUGCGCCGGUGAAGGGUGAAGGGAUCCCGAAGAUCGACAAACGCGAUCCCUGGGAUGGAAAGGACGGGCAACUACCGCAGGAAGAUGACAUCGAUCUCUCUGAUAUCGACCUCGACAAGGAAGAGCUC